AUGGCUGAAACUAUCUUGGGCUCUACGGCUCGCCAACGCUUAGAACCUUACCUUCUUCUUUCUAAGUCGGCAAAAGGAGGAGCGUGUGUUCAACUGAUUAAAGACGUUCUGGCGGCACCGGGGGUUUACGUAUUCGCAGAACUGUUGACUAUGCCUAAUGUUGCUGAGCUUGAACAUAACGAGCAAUAUCAACCAUACUAUACGCUACUAAAACUAUUCUCAUAUGGAACAUAUAAAGAUUAUAAAGAAAGCGUUUCACAAUUACCUUCAUUGGAUCCAGUUCAACUCAACAAAUUAAAAUAUUUGUCGAUUGUCUCUUUGUCUGAAAAAUCAAGAACUAUUCCUUAUGAUACCCUUUUGGAAUAUCUUGAUAUACCCAAUGUACGUGAACUUGAGGAUCUAAUUAUAGAGGCGAUCUAUCAGGAUGUUAUCAAGGGUAAAUUAGAUCAAAAGAGGAAACAACUUGAGAUAGAAUAUACUAUGGGUAGAGAUUUGCGACCGGGACAAAUUGAUCAAAUGUUACGGGUUUUAAGUGCUUGGUCUCAAACUUCAGAAGAAAUUUUGGCGGCCAUCGACGCCAAAAUUAUACAGGUUCGUGAUGCAGCUAUUCAAAACAAAAAACAAAGGGAAGAAUAUGAGAAAGAUGUAGAACGUCUUCGAAAAGAAGUUAAAUCAAGCUCUAAGAACGCAGAUCAUAUGGAAAUCAUGAGCGGUUCGAUCGAUCAAUAUGGUAGCAUGGAUUAUCAUGAUGAAAAUAUCAAAGGUGGAGGUCGAACUGGAAAAAGGUAA